UGCACUUUACUAUUUUGCAAUUCCAUGAACCCCAAACUAGAACUGUGCGAAAAACUGCCAUGGUUCCACACAAUUCACACCCCCCCUCUUGUGUUGCUAACCGUUUCAUCAAUUGGUAUCAGAGUCGGUCUUCACCACAGAAAGGGUAAAGCCUUGGGAAGAGAUUCGGCAAUAUGAAUACGGUUGAACGAUUUGAAGAAGGUUACUCGACUCAACGACCACCGAUGUUCAGCGACAAAUUUUACCAAUUCUACAAUAGUCGAAUGGAGAACUUCAUCAAGGCUGAGAACUACCAGGUAUGGAAUCUAAUUGAGGCAGGUGAUAACAUCAUCACUAAGGUGGAUGACGAAGGUAAGGUUGUCCCUAAACCCAAAUCUGAAUUUACUUCUGAUGAUUAUCGCAAACUCGAGCAUAAUGCCCAAUCAUUGAAAUAUUUGAUUUGUGGACUUGGUCCGGCUGAGCACAACCGGGUUCUAGGAUGCAAAUCCGCAAAACAAAUGUGGGAUUUACUCGAGGUUACACAUGAGGGUACCUCGCAUGUAAAAAGAUCCAAAAUUGACAUAUUUAUGCGUAAUUACGAAUUGUUCGUGAUGAAACCUAAAGAGUCAAUUAGGGAUAUGAUUACACGCUUUACUAAUAUUAUAAAUGAGCUUUCAGCACUUGGAAAAGAUAUUACUGUGGAAGAUCAAGUGAGAAAAGUUAUGAGAAGCUUGCCCUCCGCAUGGAAGCCUAAAACUACGGCUAUAGAAGAAGUUAAAGAUCUCUCUACCAUGACGCUAGAAGACUUGACCGGUUCACUCAUGACAUAUGAGUUAGGCCUACAAAUAACAAGAUGCUUGGUGAUAUCUGGAGGUUUCUAUUUGGAUUUCUUACUUUAUACUCGUAUUACUUGGUAUCGUCGUUGUACUUAAGGUACAAGCCCAUAUCAGGUAUGGGUCGAAAAGCACGAAAAAGAUAUGCAGCAUCUAAGUUGAUAUAUCUUCCUUUAGCACCACGUUUGCACAAAUUAUAUGCCUCGAGCGCUACCGCUAAACACAUGACGCGGCAUGUAGAACAUGACACUGAAGAAGGGUUAAUGUGUCAUCCAUCAGAUUCCGCAGCGUGGAAGCAUUUUGACAGGUGUUAUCCUCAAUUUGCUUUUGAGCCACGCAACGUGAGACUUGGAUUAUGUUCUGAUGGUUUUGCUCCGUUCGGUCAAUUUGGAGGCCAGUUCUCAUGUUGGCCAAUUAUCAUUACAUCAUAUAACUUCCCCCCGGACAUGUGUAUGAAAAAUCAUUUUAUGUUUUUAUCAUUGAUGUGUCCAGGUCCAGGUAAUCCAAAAAAAAGAAUUGAUGUGUAUUUGCAGCCAUUGAUCGAAGAGCUGAAACAAUUGUGGGAAGUUGGUGUUCCUACAUAUGAUGUUUUGAGAGAUCAAAUAUUUAAUAUGAAAGCUGCGAUUAUGUGGACCAUUAGUGAUUUUCCAGCAUAUGGAAUGCUCUCUGGAUGGAGUACUGCAGGGGUUAUGGGUUGCCCUGUUUGUAUUGAAAAAUCAAAUGAAUUUUGGCUAAAGAAUAGUCGAAAAACAUCCUACUUUGAUUGUCACAGGAAAUUUCUCCCACCUAAUCAUCCGUAUCGAAAGGAUAAGAAGUCAUUCAUCAAGGGUCGCAAGGACCACGAUCCUCCACCUCCGAUUUUAACAGGAUAUCAUAUUUAUGAUCGUUGAUAUGCACUAAUUAGUAGUGCAUAAAUAUAUAUAUUUUUA